AUGGCGGCUUGCGGCGCCGCGGCGGCGGCGGACUACUCGGCUCUCCUGCCACUCCGCUGUGGGCCUGGCACUCGCCGCCGUUUCGCCGUCUCCUGCCGCGCUCGACCCGGUAACCUCAGUACUCAGCAGAAGAAGAAGCGAGGGAAAAAUAUUGCCCCAAAACAGCUCUCUUCAAAUACGAAGCUCCUGCUUACUACUGAGGAAAACGGACAACUUCCAAAUACCAGUCUAAGGACUUCAAUGCAAUCUCAUCAGAAGAGUACAUCCAGUGAGGACGACACCACUGGGGCUAUUGGCCAGAGAGAUGAAAAAUUUGCAGACAUUGGUAAUGAACAGCAAGAGAGAUCCAAGGAUAAACAUUUUGAAUCAGGCGUUCAACUUGAAGAUUUGGGGGAAAUGAUACAAAACAUGGAAAAGAAUAUUUUGCUCCUAAAUCAAGCUCAUCUUCAAGCAAUUGAAGAUGUUGGCAGAAUUCUUACUGAGAAGGAAGCUUUGCAGAAAAAGGUUAACAUUCUAGAGAUGAAGUUGUCAAAAACACUUGCAGCCGAAGGGGACAUAAAUACAGAUGUCCUUGGUAACCAUUUAGAGAAAUUUACAAUAGAAAUGUUGAUAGAAAGUGCUUUAACUGGAGGCAAUCCAGUGCACCUGCGUGAGUCUCCACUUUAUAUGGAGCUGACUGUUCUAAAAGAAGAGAAUAUGCUACUUAAGGCUGAUGCACAAUUUCUUAAAGCAAAGAUUAUUGAGCUUGCUCAAGCAGAGGAGUUCUUAUUCAAAUUGGAAAAAGAACGGUCGCUAUUAGAUGCUUCAAUUAGGGAGCAUGAAUCUAGAUUUCUGGUUGCUCAAACUGAUAUUUGGAAAGUUGCCCCUCUGCAAUAUGAUGUUUGGAUGGAGAAAGUAGAGAAUCUGCAACACAUUCUUGGAUGUUUGACAAAUGAUGUAAAUAAGUAUGUUGCGUUGUUGGAUCAGCAUGAUGAUCUGCAGGACAAGAUCGACGAGCUAGAAGCAUCAGUAAGAGAAGGGAGAACAUCUGAGUUUUCUCCUUAUGUUGUUGAACUUCUGCAACAGAAGUUGAAAGCAGCAAAAAGCCAUCGCCAAGAAGGCCAUCAAGAAACAAACUCUCACAUUCAAGUGUAUCAGCAGCUAAUUGAGGAAUUUCAAGAGAACCUUGGGAAACUAAUGGAGGAAAGUGGCAGACUGGAGUAUUCUGCGAAUGGUAUGCCAUCAGAGUUUUGGAGUCACAUCCUGCUCAUGAUUGAUGGUUGGUUCCUUGAGCGGAAAAUAUCAAACACUGAUGCGAAUAUGCUGAGAGAAAUGACAUGGAAGAGAGAUGAUCGUAUCUGUGAAGCCUACUUUGCUUGCAGUGGUGCAAAAGAGGGUGAUGUUAUGGAAGGAUUCCUAAAGCUAACAUUAUCAGGAAACAGUUCUGCUUUGCACAUUGUCCAUAUAGCAGCAGAGAUGGCUCCUGUGGCAAAGGUUGGUGGUCUGGCAGAUGUAGUUGCUGGUCUUGGCAAGGCACUUCAGACCAACGGGCAUUUAGUAGAGAUUAUUCUUCCCAAAUAUGACUGCAUGCAACUUGACCAGAUCACUAAUCUUAAGGUUUUAGAUGUUGUCAUACAAUCCUAUUUUGAUGGUAAUCUGUUCAGCAACAACGUUUGGACGGGAACUGUUGAAGGUCUUCCAGUCUAUUUUAUUGAGCCACAGCAUCCUUCAAAAUUCUUCUGGAGGGCCCAAUACUAUGGAGAACAUGAUGAUUUUAAACGUUAUUCAUACUUUAGCCGUGCAGCAUUGGAGUUACUUUAUCAAUCUGGGAAGAAAAUCGAUAUAAUCCACUGCCAUGACUGGCAGACUGCAUUUGUUGCACCUCUAUAUUGGGAUAUAUAUGCAACUCGAGGCUUCAGCUCAGCUAGAAUCUGUUUCACUUGCCACAACUUUGAAUACCAAGGUACAGCACCUGCUCCUGAUUUAUCAUAUUGUGGCCUUGAUGUUGAGAAGUUGGAUAGACCAGACAGGAUGCAAGACAAUGCACAUGGAAGAAUAAACGUCGCCAAGGGUGGAAUUGUUUAUUCCAAUAUUGUUACAACUGUAUCACCAACAUAUGCUUUAGAGGUGCGCUCAGAGGGUGGUCAUGGGCUCCAAGAUACGCUUAAAACGCAUUCCAGGAAAUUUGUGGGGAUACUUAACGGGAUUGACACGGAAACAUGGAACCCUUCCACAGACAGAUUUCUUGCUGUGCAAUACAGUGCUACUGAUCUUCAGGGUAAAGCAGCAAACAAAGCAUUUCUUAGGAAGCAGCUAGGGCUGUAUUCCGAGGAUGCCCCUCAACCACUGGUAGGCUGCAUUACAAGGCUAGUUCCUCAGAAGGGUCUACAUCUUAUAAGGCAUGCAAUAUACAAAACAGCUGAGUUAGGAGGACAGUUUGUGCUCCUGGGUUCAAGUCCAGUCCCACAUAUUCAGAGGGAAUUUGAGGGUGUUGCGGACCAGUUCCAGAAUAAUAACAAUAUUAGGUUAAUUCUGAAAUAUGAUGAAGCUUUGUCACAUUGUAUUUAUGCGGCAUCUGACAUGUUUAUCAUUCCAUCAAUGUUUGAGCCUUGUGGCCUUACUCAGAUGAUAGCUAUGAGAUAUGGUUCUGUGCCAAUUGUUCGAAAAACUGGUGGAUUGAGUGACAGUGUUUUUGAUUUCGACGAUGAGACUCUACCUGCGGAGUUGCGGAAUGGCUUUACAUUUGCUAGGACUGAUGAGCAGGAUCUAACCAGUUGCUUGGAAAGGGCAUUCAGGUACUACAGUAGAAAACCCAUGGUCUGGAAACAGUUAGUGCAGAAGGAUAUGCAGAUCGAUUUCAGCUGGGUUUCUCCAGCUUCACAGUAUGAAAAUCUUUAUCACAGUGCUGUUGCUCAGGCAAGGGGAGUGGCUCAAACAUAAAACAUUUUUCGUGAUGGCAUUGCGAGCUCAAAUUCUCCCAAGCGCAGAGAUGCGAUUAUCGGUUUCAUCAACUCCAAGCUACGCUGCAGAAGUAUUGUUCUUCUCGCACUCGCCGAUUCACGCAUCGUGAUCCUUGAUCUCGCCAUCCCAAAAGAACCGACAAAGAGAAAGAACAGUCUUACAGUUGAUCAAGGUAUUGCAUUUCGCAGUCAUUGCACGGAACUAGUUCUGGGUUUAAUGGAGACGAUCAGAUGAGUAAUCAUGAUCUAUAUUCGCCCCCCCCCCCCCCCCCCCGGGCGCUGUAAAAUUUCCCUAGCCGUUCAGUUUUUGUGGGGAUGCAACAUGCAAGCAAGAAAACUGGAUCUGUGCACCGCAUGGUAGCAUUCGCACAAAUGAGAUAUGAUUUGUUCAGAUCAAUAUUUGGGCAAUGCUACUGUUUUCGAUAGAUCUCCGUGUUCUGUUAUAAUGCUAUAAAAUCGUUCAUCUGAGAUUGGUAGAUUGGUGUCUUGUUUUGUUGAUGGAUUUUCAUCCCGAAGUUAUAUAUCCACUC